AUGGGGAAGCUGAUUCGCCUCGAGCUCUUUAAUUUCAAGUCCUACAAGGGCCAUCACACCUUGCUCUUUGGCGAUGCAUACUUCACCUCCAUCAUCGGCCCCAAUGGGUCGGGGAAGUCGAACUCUAUGGACGCGAUCUCCUUCGUUCUUGGAAUCAAGUCGUCGCAUUUGCGCUCAACCCACCUUCGCGAUCUAGUCUACCGUGGUCGCGUUCUCCGUACCGCAAAGAUCAACGACGAUGGCUCAGCUUCCAAGGACAAUGCGGCAGGGGAGUCCGGAGAGCAGAAUGGCGAUGCUGCGGACGAACCGGCAGAGCGUAGCGACCCCAAGUCGGCCUGGGUUAUGGCCGUGUACGAGGACGACGCCGGUGAGGAGCAGCAGUGGAAACGCUCCAUCACGAACCAGGGUAUCAGCGAAUACCGCAUAAACAGCCGCGUGGUCACCGCGCAAGAGUACAACGACGCACUCGAAGCCGAAAACAUCUUGAUCAAAGCACGCAACUUUCUUGUAUUCCAGGGUGACGUGGAGUCGAUCGCUUCCCAAUCGCCCAAGGACCUGACACGGCUGAUCGAGCAGAUUUCUGGGAGCUUGGAGAGCAAGGCGGACUACGAGAGACUAAAGGCGGAACAGGAGGAGGCUUCUGAACAUCUCAAUUUCCAACUGAACCGCCGCCGAGGUAUCAACUCAGAAAUCAAACAGUACCAGGAACAGAAAAGGGAAGCGGAAACCUACGCCCGGAAAGCUGAAGAACGUGAUCAAGCCAUCAUCACCCACAUCCUCUGGAAACUCUUUCACUUCCAACGCUUAAUCCUAGAGUCUAGUGCGGAAAUACAGAAAUAUCAGGACGAAUUGAAAGAGUUUAGAAGAGGCGUCGAAAAGUACGAAAAGAACCUUGAAGACGCCAAAAAGGACCACGCUCGGGUGGGCAGGGACGUUGCCAGGGCUGAAAAGGGUAUCAAGUCGAAAGAAAAGGAGAUUGAAGAGACUACCAAUUCUCUUGUUCCCGUGGACGAGAAGAUAGAAAUCACAGCGAAAAAGGUGGCCAAGUAUGCCGCGCGAGUAGCAGAAGUCUCCAAGGAAGCACUCGCACAGUCAAAGACCGUAAAGCAGCUCGAAAAGGACCUCAAGAUCGUCGAGAAGGCACAAAGCCAGUGGGAAAAUGAGUGGAAACAAACCAUCGCGGUCAAGGGUAUCCAAUUGACUGAUGCAGACCUCCAAGAAUACAGCAGGCUGAAAGAAGAAGUCAGCAAGCGUUCCUCGAGCACGCAAUUGGAACUGGACAACUUGAAACGCCAGAGGAAGGCUGACGCAGAAACAGUUAACAGCCUGAAAAGCAAUUUCGAAAGUGCGGAAUGGCAGGCGAAGAACCUGCAAACUGAUAUGGACCACAUACUAGAGCGCAAGACAACCAUCGCUGCAACUAUCAAGUCUACGACCAAGGAAAUAGAUGUUACUAAGAAGGAGCUCAACAGCCUUACUUCGGAGCGUUUGCGUGUCGCUCAGAUGCGAACGGAACUUGAGGAAAAACUCCAAGUCACCUUGAAGAAGCUGCUAGAGGCAGAUGAUGGUCGACAACAAAAUGAAAAGGAGCAGCGCGCCAAAGAAAUGAUCUCAACCCUGAAACGUAUCUUCCCGGGCGUCAAAGGUCGUGUUAGCGAAUUAUGUCAACCCAAGCAGAAGAAAUACGCCGAGGCCGUCAGUACGGUGCUGGGACGUCAUUUCGACGCAAUUGUUGUCGAUAAUGAAAAGACCGCAAAAGAAUGCAUUCAACACCUGCGUGAUCAGCGUGCUGGUCAGGCCACAUUUAUUCCUCUUGAGACAAUCCAGGUGAAGGCAUUAAAUUCAAACUUAAAGGGCAUGCACCGUGCGAUGCGUCCGGCAAUCGAGACAGUCGACUACGAUAACUCUGUCUCACGCGCCAUUACAUAUGCCUGUGGGAACGCAAUAGUGUGUGAUGACCUGGCGACCGCUAAAUAUCUAUGCUACGAGAAGGGCGUAGAGGCGAAAGCAGUAACUUUGGAUGGCACGGUUAUCCAUAAGGGUGGUUUAAUGACGGGUGGUCGUGGCCCUGGACAGCGCAACUCCAAACGAUGGGAGGAUACGGAAGUUGCCAACCUACACAAGCUGAAGGAUAAGCUGAUGGCAGACCUGGCCAACCUUCCCAAGGCCCACCGCAGGGGAUCCGAAGAAGAGUCUCUUCAGGGCCAACUCGCUGGCUUAGAGCAACGCCUUGCCUACUCUCGCGAUGAACUGGGCGCUCUCGAGAAGAACCUGGAGAGCAAGGCGAGUGAAAUAGACUUCGCCAAACGCCAGAUGAAGAGUGUCCAACCAAAGUAUCGCGAAAAGUCCGCUUUGCUCGAACGCCUUGAUGAGUCGAUAGAAGAGAUUCAGAGCUCUGUGACUGAGGUCGAAGAUAAGGUCUAUCGCAACUUCUGUAAGCGGUUGGGUUAUAAGAAUAUUCAGGAGUAUGAUGCCCAACAGGGCUCCCUCCAGCAGGAAGCUGCCGAAAAGAAGCUCCAGUUCACUACCCAAAAGACAAAGAUUGAGAACCAGCUUAGCUUUGAGAAGCAGAGACUUCAGGCAACUGAAAUGCGAAUUGAUAGCCUCAAGGCGCAGUCACAGAGGGACGAGACGAUGGUCCGUGACCUGGAGGCGGAACGUGAAUCAAUUCAAGAAAGGCUCGAUGAAUUGAACGAAGAGUUGAAAUCGUUGAACGAUGCCCUUGAGGAACAGCAGAGUUUAUUCUCUGAGUCUACUGAGCAUCUCAACCAGCAACGACGAGAACUUCAGCGACGAAGUAAGGAUGUGGAAGCCACCUUGAAAACUAUUAACGGUCUAGAAGCCGAUACCCAACGCCAUUCUUCGGGCAGAUACACGCUGAUAAGGCGCUGUAAAUUGGAAGAUAUCGAUAUACCCCUGACAGAGGAUUCGGAGCCCCUGGAUAAACUCCCUAUCGACGAGCUCGUUCACCCAGACCCAGACGCGAUGGAAGUUGAUGAGGAUCCCAACACAGCUAAUUCACAGAGUCGUUUUGUACAGGACUUCGGUAUAGAAGUGGAUUUCUCCUCUUUGGGAGACUCUCUUAAGGAGGAAUCCGAUGACAAACUUGAAGAAGAGCUUCAAGAGAGAGUUAGAUCGCUUAAUGGCGAACUGGACAAAAUGGCACCCAACAUGCGCGCCAUCGAACGGCUCGAAGGUGUUGAGAAUAAACUGCGAACUAUUGAAAAGGACUUUGAAGAUUCUCGCAAACGCGCCCGGAGAGCUAAAGAUGACUUCGAAGACGUCAUGCAGAAACGAUCUGAGCUCUUUAACAAAGCGUUUACACAUAUUUCCGAACAAAUCGAGCCAAUCUAUCGUGACCUAACCCGGACGGAGAGUUACCCUAUGGGCGGUAAAGCAUACCUGGAUAUCGAAGAUUCUGAAGAGCCCUACCUUGAUGGCAUCAAAUACCAUGCUAUGCCACCCCUGAAGCGAUUCCGUGACAUGGAGCAUCUGUCCGGAGGAGAGAAGACCAUGGCUGCAUUAGCUCUGCUAUUCGCUAUCCAUUCCUACCAACCAUCUCCAUUUUUCGUUCUAGACGAAGUAGAUGCUGCCCUCGAUAACACCAACGUGGCCAGAAUUGCCAACUAUAUCCGUGACCAUGCAGCUCCUGGAAUGCAGUUUAUCGUGAUUAGUCUGAAAACUGGAUUAUUCCAAGUCAGCGAGGCACUUGUUGGUAUUUAUCGGGAUCAGGCUGCAAAUAGCAGUAAGGCAUUGACUCUUGACCUACGCAAAUAUCGAUGA